AUGACCCCUGAAUAUAAGUUUGAUGAGUUCUCAAUGGGAGUACCCAGCAUUGCAAAAGAUGAUGAUAAGGAUGAUGUAACAGGAUGUUUUGAGUACAAUGCAAAUCUUGUUGAAGCUUUGGAUUCAAAGCAAAAGGCUCCUACUUCUCUUUCAAUGAAGACAUUUAAAUGUCAUAUUCUUAGGGAACCCAUUGGGGUUGUUGGGUUGAUUACUCCAUGGAAUUACCCUUUGUUGAUGAUUACUUGGAAAGUUGCUCCUACCUUGGUUGUUGGGUGUACUGCAAUUCUCAAGCCAUCUGAAUUGGAAUCUGUUACCUGUUUAGAAUUCGUUGAAGUGUGUAAGGAGGUGGGUCUCCCUUUAGGUGUCAUUAGCAUUCUGACUAGAUUGAGACAUGAAGCUAGUACUCAUUUGACAUCACAUCCCCAUGUUGAAAAGUUUGAAUUUACUCGAAACUCAGCCACACGAAGCAAGAUCAUGACUGCUGCAGUGCAACUCAAACCUGUUGCACAUUCACUCUGUGAAAAACGUCCUAUAGUUGUAUUUAAGGAUUUGGACCUUGACAAGGGAGAGCCUUGCUACAUAAUUUUUAGACAAGCUUGUGAAAGGGUGCAAAAAUAUUUAGAUUUUGGACCCCUUAAAAGGAAGGUUGCAGGCAUGGCCUUGUAG